CCAGGCACGUGAGCGCAUACAGAAAACUUUGUUAGCUGACGGCUAACUUCGCUCCAUCGUCUCUUCAGAAAUGUCAGUGGCUUGAAACAGCGCGACACAAAUGACCGGAGAGAUGGAGUGCCCUGAUAAGGAAGAUGGAGCCAUGUGCAGAUUGUCCGCUUCAAUGCUGCUGAACAGCAAAAGUGAAAUUGCGGUUCGGGUGCAGCAGUUCCUGGAGGAGAGGAUGCAGACCACCAUGCUCACAGGUGUACUGAUUGGAGCUGCUGUUGCAGUGUCACUUAUUGGCAUUGUCAUACUCUUCCUAUACAGGAGAUUCAAGCUUGCUCGUAAACAGCAGCCUGGUGUACCUCAAUAUCGCUUCAGAAAAAGAGAUAAAGUGCUCUUCUAUGGAAGGAAGAUAAUGCGAAAGGUCCAAACAUUGUCUUUGAUUCCUCCUCCUUCGUCCACCUCAGUAUCAAAGCAACCACAGCGCAUCCGCAAAAGAACUAAAGUCCUAAGCAUAGCUCGCAAAAUCCUUAGGAUCCGUAAAGACCCUCCCACCCUGCAGCCUAAGGAACCCCCUCCCUCACUGCUGGAGGCUGACCUGACAGAGUUUGAUGUGCAGAGCUCAAACCUGCCCUCUGAGGUCCUCUACAUGCUAAAGAAUGUCAGGGUCUUGGGUCAUUUUGAAAAGCCCCUCUUCCUGGAGCUUUGUCGCCACAUGGUGUUUAUUGAGCUGCAAGAAGGAGAAGGUCUAUUUAGGCCGGGAGACGAUGACGAUAGCAUUUAUGUGGUCCAGGAUGGACGACUCCAGCUCUGUAUUCAAGAGAGUGAUGGUACAGAACCAGUUGUGAAGGAUGUGCUCCCAGGAGACAGUGUCCACAGCCUGCUCAGUAUUUUGGACAUCAUUACAGGUUAUCCAGCUCCAUAUAAGACGGUGUCGGCACGGGCUGCAACUCAUUCCACCAUUUUACGCUUACCGGCAUCGGCCUUUGAAUCUGUUUUCAAGAAAUACCCAGAGACACUUGUGCGCGUCAUUCAGAUAAUCAUGGUGCGGCUCCAAAGAGUCACCUUCUUGGCGUUACAUAACUAUCUGGGUCUAACAACUGAGCUCUUCAAUCCGGUAGGAGGGUCAGACAGAGAGGACAGCCAGGCUGUGGCCUUAACCAAUAUAAACAGCGUUAUAGGGGAGGCAAACACUGGGAAGAAUACUCGUCGUCUUCACUUUCAGGACGAGUUAACAGCUGGGACCACGGACAGCUCUACAGAGACAGAAGGUGGAAAAGACAGUCCUUCAAACAGCUACAGGAAGUUGCGUUCCAUCUCGAUGCCUCCCGAGUGCACAGGUAAUGACCUGAACAUGGUCUGUGAAAGAGCUCGAGUCACGAUAGACGAGGCUCCAUCCAUCCCCGUGACCCUCAAGCCUAGUCUGAAGAAGACCGUGACAAUGCUGCCCACGCCCUCUGAAGUGUUUCACUACACAGACAGUGGGGGGCACUCUGACACCAUCCACCUCAGUAAGAGCAGCACAAUCCUCCAGGCUGCUAAGAAGGACCUGCUGGGAAUCAUCCAGCUGCAGGAUCCAACUCUGCUCGAGGGCAGAGUGACACUCCAUCAUGUCAAAGCUGGUUCUGUGGUGGCGCGGCAGGGAGACCAGGAGGUGAGCAUCCAGUUUGUGAUUUCUGGCCUACUCCAUGUUUACCAGCGGAUGAUUGACCGCGAAGAGGAGACGCGUCUGUUUGUGACACACCCUGGAGAACUUGUUAGUCAACUGGCGGUUCUGACUGGAGAGCCACUCAUAUUCACUGUCCGAGCUCAGCGAGACUGCAGCUUCCUCUCCAUCUCCAAGACCCACUUCUAUGAGAUAAUGCGUGUGGAGCCAAAGGUAGUGCUGAAUGUUGCCCAUACAGUGGUGAGGAGAAUGUCAUCUUUUGUCAGACAAAUAGACUUCGCUCUGGACUGGAUGGCUGUGGAAGCUGGCAGGGCUGUCUACAGGCAGGGAGAGAAAUCAGACAGCACUUUCAUAGUACUGAGCGGUCGACUGCGCUCUGUAAUCAUGAAGGAGGAUGGCAAGAAGGAGCUGAUAGGAGAAUAUGGACGCGGUGACCUGAUUGGAGUGGUGGAAGCACUGACCCAUCAGAAUCGAGCCACCACGGUGCACGCUGUACGAGAUUCUGAGCUGGCCAAGCUACCAGAGGGAGCACUCAGCUCCAUCAAGAGGAAAUUUCCCCAGGUCGUCACCAGAUUGAUCCACUUACUUGGACAGAAGAUCCUCCAGCAGGUCAAUGGUCCUUUGACAGCUCGCAGCCUGGCUCUCCACACCCCAGGCAGUAAAUGGGAUGCAGGGAACCAAGCAUCCAAUCUGUCAACUGUGACGGUCCUGCCUGUAUCGGAGGAGGUUCCUCUCACUGCCUUCACCCUGGAGCUACAGCAUGCACUUCUUGCAAUAGGCCCCACUCUCCUGCUGACCAGUGAUAUAAUCAAACAGCGACUCGGAGCUGCAGCUCUAGACAGUGUCCACGAGUAUCGUCUGUCCAGCUGGCUGGGCCAACAGGAAGACAUCCAUCGUAUAGUUCUUUACCAGACGGACUACACACUGACCCCAUGGACGCAGCGGUGCAUACGCCAGGCCGACUGCAUCAUCAUUGUGGGAGUAGGGGAGCAGGACCCUGCUGUUGGGGAGCUGGAGCGUAUGUUGGAAGGAAGUGCUGUGCGAGCCCAGAAGCAGCUGGUGCUGUUGCACAGAGAAGAUGGCCCCCCACCCAAAGGAACUGUGGAAUGGCUGAACAUGCGAAGCUGGAUUUCCAGACACCUCCACCUCUCCUGUCCCCGAAGGGUGUUCUCUAAGAGGAGUCUGCCCAAACUGUUGGAGUUGUAUCAACGUGUGUUUGAGAAGCCAGCAGACCGACACUCUGACUUCUCACGCCUGGCUCGAGUCCUCACAGGAAAUGCUAUUGCCCUUAUUCUCGGAGGAGGAGGAGCCAGGGGUUGUUCCCAAGUGGGAAUAAUGCGAGCUCUCUGCGAAGCUGGCAUCCCAGUGGACCUCAUUGGUGGUGUUUCAAUUGGUUCCCUGAUGGGGGCGCUAUAUUCUGAGGACCGCAGCCACAGCCGCAUGAGGAUGAGGGCCAGAGAAUGGGCAAUGGAAAUGACAUCAGUGUUUAAGAAGAUUCUUGACUUAACUUACCCAGUCACCUCCAUGUUUUCCGGGGCUGCCUUCAACUCCAGCAUCAGCAAUGUCUUCAAGAGUAAACAGAUUGAGGAUCUUUGGAUCCCAUAUUUCAAUAUCACAACCGACAUCACUGCCUCAGCAAUGAGAGUGCACACUGAUGGCUCCCUGUGGCGAUACGUCCGUGCCAGCAUGUCCCUUUCAGGAUAUCUGCCUCCUCUCUGUGACCCCAAAGAUGGACACCUACUGAUGGACGGAGGCUACAUCAACAACUUGCCUGCUGAUGUUGCACGCUCCAUGGGGGCCAAAGUGGUGAUAGCUAUUGACGUGGGCAGCCGAGAUGAAACCAACCUCACUAAUUAUGGCGACUCGCUCUCAGGCUGGUGGCUGCUAUGGAAACGUCUCAACCCCCUGGCUGAGAAAGUAAAGGUGUUGAACAUGGCGGAGAUUCAGACACGGCUGGCCUACGUGUGUUGCGUGAGGCAGUUGGAGUCUGUGAAGAACAGCGACUACUGCGAGUAUAUAAGACCUCCAAUUGACCGAUACCGAACACUGGAGUUUGGAAAGUUUGAUGAAAUUGCGGAGGUGGGUUACCAGCAUGGCAAGACUGUGUUUGAUGUUUGGAGACGCAGUGGAGUGGUGGAGACGAUGUUGAAAGACUGGCACCAGGAGGAGUUCCACAACACUCAGUGCAAGAACAAUGUGGUGACGUGUCCCAAUGCCUCCUUCACUGACCUGGCAGAAAUUGUGUCCCGCAUCGAGCCUGUUAAAUCUGCUCUUGUGGACGAUGAGUCCGACUACCACACAGACUAUGAAGAGGAGGCAGGGGAGAGUGCUCCGUCUGACAUGGAGCUCUACAAUCGAUAUGGUGAACACACUGAAGGAGAGGAGACUGCUGACACGGAUGAAGAGCUGGAGCUGAGGCGUCAACAACACCGCCCGACCAAAACCACGGUCACUGAAAGAAAGUAAAGAUGUCCACUGUUAAACCUGGGAGGCCUUUUAAAAAAAAAAAAAAAAAAAAAAAAAAAAACAUUAAGUGAAGACCAGUCUCAAACUAAGUCUCUUCAAACAGGUCGUCUGCCUUUCUGCCACAUAUUAACCUUUAGUUUGACCCACGUGGCUCCAAACCUGCUCCUUCCUUCACUAACAGUGAUUACCUCUGUGUGGCUGACUUAACAAAUGAACUGCCUCUUUAAAAAGAAAAAAAGAAAAAAAAACUGUCAUUGUGAUAAAAAAAAUGGCUUGAAUCAAGAGGGUCUCGCAAGAAACACAAAUUGCUCGCAGCACGACACACACACACACACACAAAACAAAUGCACAUGGCCAGGAGAGGGGAAGGGUUGAACGUUAGCGGUGAGUUUUUACAACAGUGAGGAUAAAGCAGUAGACAAUGGAUGGAAUGUUUAAGCUGCAAGUGAAUUCCUAUGCAACAGAGCAACCGCAAAGCCCGUUAUUUUCUCAUAUUGAGACAUUUGAGAGGAAUUUCUGUCACUUUACGAGCAUCACACUGGUCCAGUGAAAGACGACAGAGGAGAGUAAAGCUACUACAGCAUAUAUCUGUCGAACCUAUAAACAAUUACCUCAAGUUUAGCACUCAAAAUUAUUUAAGUCCAUUCAAAGUUUAAUUUUUUUUGUUAUUUGUUUCACAGUAAAUCAGUCAUACAGUACUGUUCAGUUUUUAUCUGUGGACAUGUUGCCAAAAUAAAGUGAAGUUCUGAUGUAUACGGAACGCAGAAAUACGCCAACGUGUUUGCAGCCACGAGAGCAAUAAAUGAUAUCAAGCAAAUCACUUGCAGCAAUAUCCAGACAAGAUCAAAAUACUGAGACACAUGGAGCGAGUAAAUGCUAAUAAAGCUGUUAGGCUUCUUCAGCGUUGUAACCGACGUUUGUUUAUAUUUUAAAGUCACACACUACGGCUUUAACUUUGAAUUGACGUUAUUUAAUUUCAAUUUCAAUUAUCCGACCAUAGAAAUGUUGGAUGUGAGAAAGUUUAAAAUUAUUGUUUUUUUCACCUCUGUCAUGUUUUUUGACCAAAGUUGGAGUCAGGACACUGUAGGGUUUUGCGAGGCACACACAGUUCUGGAUCUAGAGGCUUAGAACCUUGGCGCUUUCUGGCGAACCACCAGUUUAAGAGGAACCAAAGUGCAAGGACGUUACUCCGGUGGAAGUAAACACAACACCGACACUAUUUCUCUACCCAGGAAAUGGCACGCCCACUGAUGAUGUCACAUUUCACAUGGAAGAACCAACUGUUAGGUUCCAGCUGAGAACCAACUUUUUGCAUCGGCUGGUUCAAAAUUAGGUUCGAGAACCAUAACUGGGCUAUGAGUGUGUGCCAUAGAUUCAGUCAAAUCAACGCCAAAAUGGCCAACUGCCCCAAGAGCUAAUCAACUCAAUUUUCAUUCCUUGUCAAGAAAACAAGCAAAAUUCAGUCAAAACAACAACACGAUCAAUUGUUUCAAGAGUCAACACAGACGCAAUCAGGGCGACCAAUCAACACUUUUUUUAGUUUUUUUUUUUUUUUAAACAUAUACACUUCAAAGCACAUCUGUUUUCUGUUUAAGUCUACCAGACUGCAGCUCACAGUUGUGGAUCUGCCGCUUUCUACAGUUUAGAGCAGCAGAAACCUGCUGUGCCGAGAAGAAGAGUUUUUUUUUAUUAUUUGGAUCAAAUUUAGAUUUGCCAACAAUUUUUUUUAUUAGUACCAUAUUUGACUGUAUAAUUAGUGAAAAAUGUAAUGUAUUAUAUUUAAAUCAAGAAUGUAUACAACCUAAGCUGUAUGUCGUUUAAUGCACAAGUUGGACAAUCCGUUCCUGAAAUGCAGUACAAUGCAAUAUUAGACACAAACUAACUCACGUAUCACCUCAAACGUACAACAUUAUGUCAUUUAUAUAAGGUCAAAUUCAUCUCUGUUUUAACCCUAGCUGUACUAACGGUUCAUGAUUAUUGUUAUAAUGUUUGAAAAUUCUGUGAAAAUGUUUGUCUGUUUUGUGAAAAUGUCUUGUUUUCAUUCCAAAGUCCUAAAGAUUAACACAUGUAAAAAAUAUAUAAACAACUAAAAAAUAAGCCAUUUUGAUGUUGAGAACAGUUUGAGUUAGUUGAUCUUGAUGUGAUCAAAAUCUUUUAAAAUACUUUUUUUAUUUUACAAAAUGUUAAAGAAAUUACUUAAUUGUGGUUUUAAACAGAAAACAACAAAAGACAUGUUAAAGACACAUUUUGCAAAUCUGAAGCAAAAUAAUAUUUGCACAAUGCAGUAACAUUAUAUGCUGAUCAAUAUAUAUAUUGGUCCAUUUGUUUUACCGCUUUUUAACAAAAUUAUAUCAGGACAUAUAUAUAUAUAUAUAUGUUGUUCUUGAAUUAUUGUUCAGCCCGAGGUUGAUUUCUGUUGAUUGAUUUUAUUUAACAAAAACAAAAACACUCUCUAACAGCUCUAACAGUUUUGUUACGGAGACUGUUAAAUUUGCUACCCUGCUUUUGUUUGUUUAUACCAAACCAAAAAAAAUAAAUAACAAAACCGGCACAACCACAGUUUGCAUUUGUCCUCCCACUGCCUGGGUCGUAGAGUUAACACAGUCUGAACAACACUCCGAUAAAUACCAAUAAAAUCAAAGUUACAGAUGUAACCGAGUCUCUGUGAUUCUGGAUGAGCGUCAGAGACGUUAUCUGAAAGUUAUAAGUCAAAAAAAACAAUAAAACCUUUUAUGUUAAUCUGACAUUUCUCUAGAUUAUAUGUUACCGGUCGGCACAUUAACUCAAUUUAAUAAGUUCACAGAAAACUAUUACUAUUAGAGUGGCACCUGUUCAUCAUCUGCUUCAGAGUUAAAUAUGUCAGUCACAAGAUGUUUUUCUAUCAUUUAGCACCAGCCUGGUCAUUUUAUAUCUGACCUCUGGCAUCAAUAAGGCAUUUUGUCACCCAUAGAACUGCUCUCUUUGUUUUUGACCAUUCUGAAGUAUGAAACAACAAACAUGCCACAUUCAACGUCACUUAAAUCACCUGUCUUCACUGUAAUGCGAUUGAUAAGACAUUUAUGUUCACACACGCAGUUGAACGGGUUGUACCACUGAGUGUCCUGUGUCACAGAACAUGCAGGACAAUUGAUUUGAUUCUUUCAUGCAACUUUUAACGAUUAUUUUUCUUUUUCUUCCUCCCACUCGAUAUGUUAACUCGCGAGCCC